UGUGGCGGGGAAUGUGAAUUCUGGCGAACACUCUUCGUACCGAAUGAACAAAGAAGAACAACGAAAGAAGUGGAUUUUGGAUAAUUGGAUGAGAUGCUGUCUCGUUACUGCGUAACGCACUCCGUAACGCCAACAAAAGCCCCAGCCAAAGGCCAAAAGCUCACUCAUUCCCCCUCCCCAUUUCUCCCCGUUUUGAGAAAAAAAAAAAAAAACACCAGCACAGCGCUCCAUACAUAAAUAUUCAACGCACACGCCCUCCUGAAAUUGAAAAACACAAAAACAAAAAGGCAUCAUCUGACAAAUACCAACCCACCCUCCCCACUCUUGUUUUUUCUAUUAAUUUUAAACCCAAAAAAGAAAAAAAACUCCCAAAAACCAAAAACAAAAAGCAAAGAAAAAAGAAACAAUGGGAUCGAUUGCGAUGAGAGAGACAAAGAGUGUUGUUCUUCGCUGUUGUAUUGUUCCUCGUUUUUCAAUUUCUCAAAAUUAUUAUAGUAGAAUUUCACAUCCUUUCUUUUUUUUGUUUUUAUUUUAUUAUUAUUAUUAUUAUUAUUAUUCCUCAACAAUCUUUCAACUUCCAUUAUUAUUAUUGUUUUCAUCCGCGACACGACUAAUGCUAUUAUCUUAUUUAUUAUUUGGAAUUGUUAUUCCCCAAAUCUCACCGCACAUCUCAAUCACACAGUCACCAAUACAAUAUCGAUUCUUAGAGAGAGAGAAACUUUUGUUUGUACGAUUCGCUUUUCAUUUAGAGAGAGAAUGACUUUGUUGUAGUAAUGUAUAAAAGUGUAUUUAAUUUAGUUAUUUAAAUUCAUUUUUAUUUUUGUCAAAUCUUAUCCACCUUCAAUCCCUAGUUUUAGACAGAGAAUCUCUCUGUUUUCUUCUUCUUAUUUUUUUUCGUUUCGGUUUUUCUUUUAAAAAAAUUUCGGGAAUUUUCUUGCUGUUGAAGCUCCUUGAUGAUCUCAUUUUCAGAGUAAAAUUCAAUUUCAGCUUUGUUGUUGAAUUUCUAGGGAUUUUUAGUCUCACCUUGAAAAAUGGAGACUGGUGGUGUCAGUGGCGGUGGAGGGGGUGUGGGCGGAGGUAGUUCUGAAGGAGAGAAGAAGCUUCCGGAAGGAGAAACAAAAGUCAAGCGGAAAAUGAAGACCGCUUCUCAGCUUGAAAUACUAGAGAAAACAUAUGCCAUGGAAAUGUACCCGUCCGAAGCUACACGGGCAGAAUUAUCGGUGCAGUUGGGGCUUUCGGAUAGGCAGUUACAGAUGUGGUUCUGCCACCGCCGGCUUAAGGAUAGGAAGGGACCUUCCGUGAAACGGCAAAGGAAGUAUUCCAUGUCGCUAGCAGGGGAGGAAAUGGGAGGUGCUGAGGCGGGAAAUGAGCAUGGAUCAGGGGGCUUCAGUUUGCUCGGUCAUGAGCUGGACCUGAGAAGGGCGGUUCCAAGAACUGGAAUGACUGUUCCAAGGUAUUACGAGGUGCCUCGCUCUAUCGUGGAGCUGGAGCUUCGCGCUAUAGCAUUUGUGGAAUUACAGCUGGGUGAGCCUAUAAGGGAUGAUGGUCCUAUGCUUGGGAUGGAGUUUGAUCCCUUGCCACCUGGUGCAUUUGGUGCGCCAAUAGUAGCAUCAACGGAAGUGCAGCAGAAACAACCAGGACAGCCUUUUGAGACCAAAAUAUAUGAACAACGCGAUACAAAAACAGUCAAGGGUUCUAUGAGGGCUGUUCGAGAAUAUCAGUUUCUCCCAGAGCAGCCCACUGUUAGAACUGAAACAUAUGAAAGAGUUGCCCCAUCCUACAACUAUGGUUCACCCACUGAUGGUCCAAAUGCCAUGGCCACAUCAUUGUCUGGUGGGCGUUCAUCUGUGCAUGGGAAUGAACAAGUACCUUCUGGAAAUGGUUUUCCAGGUCAGAUGCCUAAUUUGAAUCUUUUGCCUCAGCAAAGCAGGCAGGGGCAUCUCUUACCUACUGCUUUAGGAGAGUAUGAUAAUGUUUCACGAAAGAACUCUUUAGCAAAUACUGCUGUUGAUGCUAAUAUUGGUGCUCACCCAAUUUCUGCGCUGGAAAGCCCAUUUGUAUCAUCUGACAGGAGGGUCAGUCUCGAUGAGGAUGUUUUGCGAAUGGAGAGGAAGCGCAAGAGCGAAGAGGCUAGAAUUGCACGUGAAAUUGAAGCCCAUGAGAAAAGAAUUCGAAAGGAGCUUGAAAAACAGGAUAUGUUGAGGCGAAAGAGAGAAGAGCAAAUAAAAAAAGAAAUGGAGAGACAUGACCGUGAAAGGCGGAAGGAAGAGGAGAGGCUACUACGUGAAAAGCAACGAGAGGAGGAGAGAUACCAGAGAGAGCAGAGGCGUGAACUAGAGCGUAGGGAGAAGUUCUUGAUGAAGGAAUCUGUUAGAGCUGAGAGAAUGCGGCAAAAAGAAGAACUGCGUAAAGAAAAGGAGGCAGCUAGGCUUAAAGCUGCUAAUGAGAGAGCUAUUGCUCGCAAACUUGCUAAAGAAUCGAUGGAACCUAUAGAGGAUGAACGCUUGGAACUCAUGGAGUUAGCUGUAUCAAGCAAAGGGCUGCCUUCAACAUUGUCACUUGACUUUGAAAUCUUGGAAAAUCUUGAUAUAUUUAGAGAUAAGCUGUGUGAGUUCCCGCCUAAAACAGUGCAGUUGAAGAGACCCUUCUCAAUUCAACCAUGGAACGGUUCUGAGGAGAGCAUAGGGAAUCUUCUUAUGGUUUGGAGGUUCUUAAUUACCUUUGCAGACGUUCUUGGACUUUGGCCUUUUACUCUGGAUGAGCUUGUCCAAGCUUUUCAUGACUAUGAUCCAAGGUUGUUGGGUGAGAUACAUAUUGCCCUUCUGAGAUCUAUUAUCAAAGAUAUCGAGGAUGUUGCACGAACACCUUCCACUGGGCUGGGAGCUAGUCAAAAUAGUGCUGUUAAUCCUGGAGGUGGGCAUCCACAGAUUGUUGAAGGGGCAUAUGCUUGGGGUUUUGAUAUACGCAGCUGGCAGUGCCACUUAAAUAUGUUGACAUGGCCUGAGAUUUUGCGGCAAUUUGCUCUGUCUGCUGGAUUUGGGCCGCAGCUGAAGAAAAGAAAUAUUGACCAGGCAUAUCUUUGUGAUGAAAAUGAGGGUAAUGAUGGAGAAGACAUAAUUACUAAUUUGCGAAAUGGGGCAGCAGCUGAAAAUGCUGUCGCUAUAAUGCAAGAAAGGGGUUUCUCUAAUCCACGCAGAUCUAGGCAUCGCUUGACACCUGGAACUGUUAAAUUUGCUGCAUUUCAUGUUCUCUCCAUUGAGGGUAGCAAAGGCCUGACAAUAUUGGAAGUUGCAGAGAAGAUUCAGAAAUCGGGUCUGAGGGAUCUUACAACGAGCAAGACCCCAGAAGCUUCUAUUGCUGCUGCUUUGUCAAGGGAUACAAAACUCUUUGAGAGAACAGCUCCUUCAACAUACUGUGUGCGUUCUCCGUAUAGGAAGGAACCAGCUGAUGCUGAGGCAAUUCUUUCUACAGCCAGAGAAAGAAUCCGAGUAUUUAAAAGUGGAUUUAUAGAAGGAGAAGAUGCUGAGGGUGCCGAAAGAGAGGAAGAUUCUGAAAGUGAUAUAGCAGAGGAUCAUGAGGUUGAUGAUUUGGGUGCUGAAAUAAAUUCAAAAAAAGAGAUGCACAAUUCUGAGGGAAGAAGCAGUUUUGAUACAGAAACUGUCUUGGGAAAUGGAAGGGAGAGUGGUGAGAUCCUGGGAACCCAACAAGUUGAAGUUGGGAAUGUAUGUAAGGGUGUCUUAUCACCACAUGCUGGAGGCCUCGAUAAGGUAAAAGAUAUUGAUGCUUCUGUUGAGCAAUCAGCAGAUGCUACCAGAAUUCAUAAAGAUGCUACUAGUGCUGGUCUAGAAGACACGGAAAUUGAUGAAAGCAAUACUGGUGAACUAUGGGUUCAAGGCCUUAUGGAAGGGGACUACUCUGAUCUAAGUGUUGAGGAACGCCUUAAUGCACUUUUUGCUUUGAUUUCCGUCGCAAUUGAAGGAAACACUAUUCAUGUUGUUCUUGAAGAACGCCUAGAGGCAGCAAAUGCUUUAAAGAAGCAAAUGUGGGCAGAGGUACAACUUGAUAAACGUCGCGUGAAAGACGAGUUUGUAUUUAGGGCAAAUUUUUCGUCAUAUAUGGGGAAUAAGAUGGAGAAUAGUCUUGUGAUGUCCUCAGCUGAAUGUAGGCGAAGCCCCCAGAUUGUUGGUGACAAAAAAGAUAAUGAUUCCUCUGUUGGUCCAGUUGUGCCGCAAGAAUGCUUAAAUAAUCCACCAAAUGAUCAUAAUUAUCUUAACAACGUAUCUUCUGAAGGGAACAUGCCAAUGCAAGAUUUCUCUAUUGGACCAGAUAACUUCCAAUAUCAGCAACCAGGAUAUGCACUUGAAAGAUCACGUUCACAGCUAAAAUUUUACAUUGGUCACAAGGCAGAGGAGAUGUAUGUAUUUAGAUCAUUGCCUCUCGGUCAAGAUCGUAGACGCAAUCGAUACUGGCGAUUUAUUACUUCUACAUCUUGUAGUGAUCCUGGCUGUGGCAGGAUCUUUGUUGAGUUACUUGAUGGUCGUUGGAGACUCAUUGAUGAUGAAGAGGGUUUUGAUGCUCUAUUGUCAUCUUUGGAUGUGCGUGGGAUCAGGGAAUCCCACUUGCAUGCAAUGUUGCAGAAGAUUGAGAUGUCCUUUAAGGAAGCUGUAGGGCGGUAUAAGCUGCAUGUCAAUAAGAGGCAAAAUGGAGACACCAUUAAGACAGAAGCUAAUGAAAUGGCUUCAAGCCUUGAUUGGAGUGUCUGUUUUAAAAGUCCUAGUAGUACUCUAUGUGGAUCUGAUUCUGAUAUGUCAGAGACAUCAACAUCUUUUUCUAUUGACCUUGGCAGGAAUGAAAAUGAGAAAAAUGAUGCCCUGAAGAGAUAUCAAGAUUUUGAGAAGUGGAUGUGGAAAGAACGUUUUAAUUCGUUGACAUUUUGUGCCAUGAAGUAUGGGAAGAGAAGGUGCAAGCAGCUGCUGGAUGUGUGUGAUUCCUGCUUCAGUAUUUAUUUUUAUGAAUACAAUCACUGCCCUUCAUGCCAUAUGACUUACAUUGCCUCUAAGAGCACAGUAAUUUUUUCUGAACAUGUGGCUCAGUGUGCAGAGAAACUGCAAAUGGGUCCUGAUUUUGCUUUGGAUGGUUCAGCCUUUUCUCCUCUGAGAAUCAGAUUGAUUAAACUUCAGUUAGCUUUGAUUGAGGUUUCUAUUCCAUUUGAAGCUCUUCAACCUGCUUGGACUGAGGGCUAUCGAAAUUCUUGGGGUAUGAAGCUGUACUCCUCAACAACAGCUGAAGAGCUUCUUCAGAUUUUGACACUGCUGGAAAGUUCCAUCAUGAGGGAUAGUUUGUCCUUAAAAUUUGAGACUACAUGUGAAGUGCUGUCUCCAUCUAACCCGUCAGGGCGUUUUGCUAAUUAUUCUUCCGAUCUUGAGGCAGUUCCUGUACUUCCAUGGAUUCCAAAAACAACAGCUGCUGUGGCCCUGAGGCUUAUUGAAUUUGAUGCAGCUAUCUCUUACACUCUUAACCAGGGGUCAGAGACUCAGAGGGACAAGGGAGCUGGGGAAUUUAUGAAGCUUCCAUCUAAAUAUGCUGUUGUGAAGAACCAUCAAGAUGACGAGACAAUGCAAACCUCAAAUCGGGUUGAAUAUUUACAAGAAGCAAGUUGGGUUGACGUGGGGAUAGGGUUUUCUGGUUCUGGCCGUGGAAGAGGUCGUGGGAAGGGUGGCGUGAUACGUGGUGGAAGAUCUCAAAGAAGGCCUACUAGUUCUAGAUCUGGAUCUGGCAAGACAAUUACAAAUGCAGACAGUGGGAGAUCAGGGCCAGUACUGGAAUGGAAAUCACGAUCACGUGGCAGGGGAGGGCAUAAUCGUGGUCGACGUAGCAGCAGGAGGCCAAAAGUGGCAAAGAGAAUGGUUGAGAUUGCUGGUGGGAGAGAGAACCCCAAGGAAAUCUUGGGGAAAUCAUCCAGAAGUUCUGCAGCAAAUGCUUGGAAUGGAGAUGAAGUAUCUAGAUUAGAAGUGGGUACCGCUGAUAACCCUAGCAGCUCUGAAAGAUCUGAAUACAAUGAUGAAAAUGGUCAGGCAACAGGAGAUGAAUAUGAUUAUCUGGCAGUAGAUGACUAUGCUGUUGGUUUCAAUGUCAAAGCUGAUGAUGGGGACGGAAGUGAUUACAAUAUAGAUGGUGAUGAAGGUGAUGAAGAUGAUGACGUUGAAGAUGGAUAUGAUAUUGCAGAAGAGGAGCAAGGGAAUUUUAAUGUUGGAGGGUACAUAAAUGAUAAUUCAGAUGAGGGCAUCAGGGAUGCAGAUGAUCUAGAGGACUCAGACCCUUACGUGAAGCCAUACGGGUAUUCGACAGAAGCAUCUUCAGAUUUCAGUGAGUGAAGGACUUGCUGCAAAUGCUGAAAGGAUACUUUCUGUUCGAUGGUGCUUCAUUUGCUGUAUUUAAACAGUGGUUUUAUGGUCCGACAAAAAGAAAAUUAUGGUUUUAGGGAGGAAAUUGAUAACUGUGUAAAGCACCUCCAUCGUACUAGAAGUAUAAUACAAACGAAUAACCUUUAAAAUUUGCUCGAUAGCAGUAUAAUUUGCUCCGCUAACCAGCGUCAGCUUCCUCUGAGCUUCUCCGUUGUAGGGCUAGUUCUGGCUUUCAUUUUGUUUCUGGUACCGGGAAGUCUUUUAAGCAAGAGGGCAAAAGAAAUUGAUAUAGUAUCUGAACUUGGAGUAUUUGGGAUGCAGUCUAUUGUAAAAUAUUGUUAGGAUAUAUGGUUAAUAGUUACAAGUUAAAUGAUUUAUUUUAUUUAGCAAAGUUCUGGAGGUUGAGGCCUUGAGGGUCCUAUGAUUCUGCACUUGUAACCGUGUGAAGCAGAUUGGCUUGUGCCGCUUUCAAGUUUCAAGAGCAGGAUCUGAACUCUUCCUAAUAUCAAACAGUGCUAAUAAAUUCUAAAAAAAUUGAUAGAUAAACAAGCAUUUGGUAUAAUCUUUGAAUAAAAUUUGCCCUAUGUCAAAUUGCUAACAUUUUGUAUAUAUAGUUCUCAGGUUUAAUGUAAAGCAAAACAAAGAAUGAGAUUUUUAG